CUUAUCAGGUGGUUUUGAGCAACUAGGAGGAGGGAAGUAGAGCGCUUUCCAUUGUAGUUACCAUAUUUCCAAACAACACAGAAACAGAGAGGACAGUUUCAUAUUUUCCUCAUCUAGUGAGAAAAAAAGGAAGUUGUUGAGUUUGAGAAAGUUGUCACUGUCACUCAGAGUUUACACCAUGGCAGGCGGCUCGGUAUCGGAGUGUAAGGAAUACUUGUUCAAAGUCCUAGUCAUCGGGGAGUUAGGUGUGGGGAAAACCAGCAUCAUCAAACGAUAUGUCCACCAGCUAUUCUCCCAACACUACAGAGCGACUAUUGGGGUAGAUUUUGCACUCAAAGUGAUCAACUGGGACAGCAAAACGUUGGUGCGGUUACAACUAUGGGAUAUCGCAGGUCAGGAGCGAUUUGGGAACAUGACACGGGUGUACUACAAGGAGGCGGUGGGGGCAUUCGUGGUGUUUGACGUGACGAGGGGCUCCACGUUUGAGGCCGUGUCCAAAUGGAAACACGAUUUGGACAGCAAGGUGAAGCUGGCCAAUGGGAGCCCUAUCCCCUCGGUGCUGCUGGCCAAUAAGUGUGACCAGAAAAAUGAGACCUCCAACAACACUUCCCUCAUGGACAACUUCUGUAAAGAGACUGGCUUUUUGGGCUGGUUCGAGACCUCGGCCAAGGUGGGAAAAGGCAGUGUUGGACAUCGAACACUGAAUAGAUGGGGAAAAGUCAAAGGCAAGAAUAGCAUGAAAAGGUAAUGUAACACACGUGUUAAGUCACUGGUGAUUUAAGCCCUGACUGGGGGGAGUUUAAUCAAAACAUUUGGUAGCAGUACUCCUCGUGCUACUAAUCUAACUAUUUGUCCUGUGGGUCAUUGUGCUGUUGAAAGGAGCAGAGUUGGGAAACACAAGCAUACCCCACCGUGCCACUCUGAGCACUUUUAGUUAGGAGAGACAGAAGCAUGCUCGCCAACAGUUCCAGCCAGCAUCACAAUAACAACGAAAAUGGAAGCUGUCUUCAAGGCCAUUCCAAGAUAUGUUAAAGGCCUUCAAUUGAGUGUUUAUCCUCUUUUAUUGGAGGUUGUUAGGCAAGGUCUUUAUGGAGAAAUUAAAUUAGGGAGCAGGAUUUAGUUAGUUUGUGUAUGUAUGUUCAGUAUGUAUGCUGAACAAAAAUAUAAACGCAACAUGUAAAGUGUUGGUCCCAUGUUUCAUGAGCUGAAAUAAAAGAUCCCAGAAAUGUUCCAUAUGCACAAAAAGCUUAUUUCUCUCAGAUUUUGUGCACAAAUUUCUUUACAUCCCUGUAAGAGAACAUUUCUCCUUUGCCAAGAUAAUCCAUCCCCCUGGCAUAUCCAUCCAUGUGGCAUAUAAAGAAGAUGAUUAUACAGCAUGAUCAUUACACAGGUACACCUUGUGCUGGUUACAAUAAAAUGUUGCACAACACAAUGCCAUCCAUUUUAACUUUGCCAUUAUGGGGUAUUGUGUGUAUUGAUAAGGAAAAAUUAUAAUUUAAUCCAUAUUAGAAUAAGGCUGUAAUGUAACAAAAUGUGGAAAAAGGGGUCUGUAUACUUUCCGAAUGUACUGCAAUCGGCUCUCUGUGUGAAAAUUAGGUCAACUGGGGUCUGCCUGUCAUGAAGCAUUGGAGGGAACUCUCUCUCUCUCCCUCUCUCUCUCUCUCUCUCUCUGUUUGUGUGUGCGCACCUCAAUUCACUGGGUCUUUAGGUUUCUGCCUACCCCUGUCACCUCAAUUCUAAUGCCCCCACGAGCCCCCAACCCUGGGUAAAUGACAGGUACCUCUCACACAUGUCCCCCUGCAGUGCCCCUGUCCCCUACACACAGUAGCACCAUUCCAGACAGACACUGUACCAGGUCUGAGCAAGGGGUCACACACACCAAUGAAACAAUAUGGUGUAUGUGUUUCAGCAGGGUUUGUUUAGACAGUUGUAGCAUUUACGCAUGUACACACACACACACACACACACACACACACACACACACACACACACACACACACACACACACACACACACACACACACACACACACACACACACACACACACACACACACACACACACACACACACACCAGGGACAUCCCCAUUCCCUAGCCCAGUGGUUUCCUACCUUUUUAGGUUACUGUACCACCAACAGAUGUUUUUAUCUGCAUGGAGAACCCCUGAAGUACCCCUUCCUGUGCAUUUUACCAGUAGGUCUAUGGCCUCAUGAGUCUUCUCAAGUACCCCCAGUGGAUAGGUAGUCCUGGUUGGGAACCACUGCCCUAGCCCAUGGGGAGACCUUUUAGAGCCACACAAACUCUGUGUCUUUAUCAGCUUUGAGGAUGUGAUACCCUCAGCGUUUCCCAGCUCUAAUCCUGAGCUGUUAGACCUGUAAGAGCAUAGACAUGUCCUUUGACUGAUCAUAGCGUGUGCCACUAGAAACUAAAGCAGGCCACUGCUAUUUCAGCCCCAUCUCUGCUAUAGGAGAGAAUUCCUCUCUGCAGAAUCGGUCAAGUCCAACCUUAUACAGAUACUCAUAAUAGGCCAUCAUGUGUUGAAUCUUGUAGCACAAUCCAUAUUCAUAUCCAAUGUAAAAUGGCCUUCAUAAAGCCACCCUGAUUGUUGCAACAGCUUGAUGGUCAAAUACUGAUGUACUGUAGAAGGUUCUGUGCUUUAAACUUGAUUUCCUGUGUAAUUUCUCAUAGGAUCACCUAUUGACCUUCAUUGUGAGAAAGACUUUAUCUAUGUUUGUUCAAAGCCUUGAGAAUUGUGUGUGUGUGUGUGUGUGUGUUUUAGUGUGUGGGAUUGUAUGCAGUGAGCACUUCUGUCAAACAGUUCAACAGAAUGGCAAACAUUAGCCUUCAGGAAAUCUCAGCCUUCGUGAAACGCUGCUGGAUUCACUUUUCUGUCAUUACCUGCAGCUGUGCAUACGCAUGUGAGUGUGUGUUCAUGUGAGUGACAGAAGGUGUGCUAGUACCCAGCAUGCACCAGCACAUGUUCCUGAGAUAAAUAACUCUAUUAGGGGACAUAACUCAGAUGGUUGGCAUGGAGCUCUGGCUGUGAAGGUGUGUGUGUGCACGUACCACACGUGUGUUUUAGAGAUAUGUCUGCUCUUAUUUUGUGCUGAACCUCUAUUCUAACAACCAUCUCCUUAAAUAUGAGACUCAAAGGAAAUAUCACUCUCUUUCUGAUUCUCACUGUCUUUCUCUAUUUACCUCUCUCCAUCGGUCCCCCUCCUUCUCUCCCUUUCUCUUUCCCUUCCUCGGCUUUCUUUCUUUCGCUCUCUUUCUCUCCCGCUCUAACAUGAAAGGCUCUCUGAAGAGCUCACCGGCCUCAUGUUUCUGAAUUACUGAGGAAUUCUGAAAAAACUACUUGGCUCUAGGGAACCGACCAGCUACACAGCAGAUAUACUGUAGCAACCAGGAAAAAUAGACUCAAAACAACAAACAAAACGCUAGUUGAACUUGUUACAAGACAAAGUAUACCACCCCACAUUCAUUGACACACAUGCAGUUUGCACAAUCAUUUGCCCUAGACAUUCACACUUUGUAUUGAAUUUUCAAAACAUACAAGCUGCCUGCCACUCAACAAUUACAUUUAGUCAUCUAGCAGACACUCCCAUUCAGAGCGACCCACAAGAGCAACCAGGGUCAAGUGCCCCGCCCAAGGGCACAACCAGGGUCAAGUGCCCCCCCCCCCACACAGUUCACCGAGACCCCCCCGAAAAAAUCUCCCCCUCCAUAUCUAUAUGGACCUCGCUUUGUGCACGGGGGCAUGCUGAAGCAGAAAGGGCCUUCCCAAACUGUUGCCACAAAGUUGGAAGCACAGAAUCGUCUAGCAUGUCAUUGUAUGCUGUAGGAACCAAGGGGCCCGAACCAUGAAAAACAGCCCAGACCAUUAUUCCUACUCUACCACUCUGUACAGUUGGCACUAUGCAGUGGAGAAGGUAAUGAUCUCCUGGCAUCCGCCAAACCCAGAUUCGUCCUUCGGACUGCCAGAUGGUGAUGUGUGAUUUAUCACUCCAGAGAACGCGUUUCCACUGCUCCAGAGUCCAAUGGCAGCAAGCGUUAUAACACUCUAGCCGAUGCUUGGCAUUGCGCAUGGUGAUCCUAGGCUUGUGUGCGGCUGCUCGGUCAUGGAAACCCAUUUCAUGAAGCUCCUGACGAACAGUUCUUGUGCUGACGUUUCUUCCAGCGGCAGUUUGGAACUCGGUAGUGCGUGUUGCAACUGAGGACAGACAAUAUUUACUCGCUUCAGCACUCGGUGGUCAAGUCCUGUGAGCUUGUGUGGCCUACCACUUCAUGGCUGAGCCGGCGUUGCUCCUAGACGUUUCCACUUCACAAUAACAGUACUUAUAGUUGACCGGGGCAGCUCAAGCAGGGCAGAAAUUCUGACUUGUACAAACUGACUUGUUGGAAAGGUGGCAUCCUAUUACGGUGCCACAUUGAAAGUCACUGAGCUCUUCAGUGAGGCCAUUCUAUUGCCAAUGUUUGUCUAUGGAGAUUGCAUGGAUGAGUGUGCAAUUUUAUACACCUGUCAACAAUGGGUGUGAUUGAAAUUGCCAAUUCCACUCAUUUGAAGGGGUGUCCACAUACUUUUGUAUAUAUAGUGUAUCUUUCAACAAUGCUGUGAUUUUUAACAUACAAUUUGAAUCUAUCAAAUAAUAAAUCUCCCAACAAUGCUAUUUUUACGGUCAAUUUUACAUUUAAUAUUAUGCUUUUUCAGUCAUUCCUGAACCUGAAACCAGAAACAGGCUACCUGAGGGCAAUACCAGACAAAUGGUCUAUAGAUUCAGUACAACAAAUUCUGCAGAACUGCGAUGAUUCUAUGCCCCAAAUAUUCAAGAAUUUUCUAGCAAUAGUUUUAGCUGAAAAGCACGAAGUCUUGAAUCUUGUGUCGUUUUAUAUAUCAACUCAUACACCCUGUGCCAUGUAAAUCGGUACAUCAAAAAUGUCUUCCCAGCUAUUUUGCAAUUUGUAUGGCACAGCCGUCAACAUCCUGGUCCUCAAAAUGAAACCGGUAUACUUUCCUAUUUAUUAUAUUUUUUUUCCUCUGACAGUUUUUUGGGGGGUAGUACUGUAAUCAGUUGAUUGUAAUCUUGGAUUGAGCAGACCUUCCCAUACAAUUCUGAUAGCUCCAUGAAAGACAGAACUCUACCAUUCUAAUAUCAUUUAAAAACAAAAUAAUUAUUUGUUAAAAUAUAUUUUCUGGUGGAUGAAAUUGCUCUGCAUUGCUGGUUUGAAAAAGAGAUACUUUGAACAAGGUUUCAUUUUCAAUCAAUCGAAAAUGAGACAUAGCAAUCUGCACAAAGGCAAUUUUUAAACAAGGAAUGAGCUUUUCUUAGUAUCUACUUGAGAAUCAUUUUGGGUUAAAGUAAAACUUUUGUAUAUGUGAAGCUUUUAGAGGUUUAGUGCUUUUACAUUUAAUAAUCUCAGCCCACCCAGUUCAUAUUCAUUAUAUAGAUAAGCACGCUUCAUCUUGUCUGGUUUAGCGUCCCAGAUAAAGUUAAAUAUGAUUUGAAAAACUAAUCAGGAGUAGGCAGCGCCAUAAGUGAGUAAACAGAUAUGACUAAGGAGUUAAUCUGUUUAAUUUUCCCAUAGACAGGUAUUUACCUCAGGAUCUUGUCUAUUUUUACCAGUUUUCUAUUGAAAUUUAUUGUAGAGAGCUUAUUUAUAGCUUUUGUGAUAUGAAUAGCAAGUACGUCUACUUCACCGUCAGCCCAUUUAUAGGUAAGCUGCAGGGUAAUAUAAAAGUUGUGUUUUUUAAAGAUACAAUACAUAAUAUGGUGCACUUAUCAUAACUAGGUUUUAGUCUAGAGAGGCCAGAAAAGUUAUCUCUUCAAUGAGACAUUUCAGAGAUCUUACUUGCAGACUUAAUAUAGAACUUCAGUCAACGGUAUACAUGGACACCUUUGUUUUCUAAUCCUCUAAUAUUGUAAUUUGAUCUGAUUUUAAUAGCUAGCAUUUUGAAGGCCAUAACGAAUAGAUAUGGUGACCACGGACACCCUUGUUUAACUCCUCUUCACAGUUCAAAACUAUCUGAGAAGUAGCCGCUAUUUACUAUUUUACACAUGGGUUUGCUAAACAUUUGAAGAUGAGACUCACCAAGAUUAGAAAAAAUCCAGGCAUUUAUAUAUAAAAUCCAUUAAUAAAAAGCCUUUUCAAAAUCUUCUAUGAAUACCAGGCCUGGCUUCUUAUUUUUCUAGUAGUUGUCAUAUAUUGUCUCCAAUGUAUCAUUAAUGUAAAAAACCUGUCUGAUCAGGAUGAAUAAAACCUGGUAUAACCUCUAAUUCUGAGUGUUAGGCAUUUCGCUACCUUGAACAUUGUGAAAAUUCUGUGUAACUUCCAGUGCGCGUUUACUAUGAACACUGAGGCUGUACCCGCUUUUAAGUUACAGUUUUAACAGUGGCCAAGUAGGCGACUGUGGCUAUUUGAUUAUAAUGUAGGCCUACCAGAGUGUUGCCUACCAUCAAAAACAAUGCCUAAAAUGCAUCCCAUAACAUUUUAACAUGGAAAUAGCUCUUCUCAUUCAGCCUAAAGUAGCAGCCAAUGUGUGGUGUUCAAUGUAGGCCUACAUCCCAUGAGACUUUUGAAGAAAAAAAACAUGCAGAGCUUGACAUUAACCUGUUUAUCCACUUGUCUUUCAGACAAGGUGACAAAAUGUUGUGUUUGAUGCAAGAAACCACUUUACAAAAUAAAAUGCUUUAUUCCCAUACCAUUAUUACAGAGAAUCAGACAAAUUAUGCUAACCUCGUCCCAUAGGCUUGAAUAAGCUAAGUAGCCAGUCUCAAAAUACAACACUGCCCCUUUUUAAGAAAAGAAAGCUCUUUACCUGACUCACUUUUCGAAGAUGUCUAGAAAUGUAUAUGUUUUAGGUUCUUGUAGGAAGCAAUCACUCGCCUAUUGCUGACUACAAAUGAUCUAUAACUGGGCUAAUAACUCACGAACUAGUAAAGGGUAUCAGCUAAAUCUGCACAUGUGGCUACAUGCAGCUCUCGCUUUGAUCUUAAAACAAGUGCAUCCACUCACAACCGCUCAUGCUGUAAACAUAGUCCAGUUCAAUGUAUAUGGCACAGAUCCAUAUAUGGCAAUGGUCUAUUUGCAUAUAGGCCUACUGCAGCUCUGAACUGUUUAUGCCACACUGGUCUGUGUAGACGAGUAUGGGCUGAGUAGUGCAUGUCAAUGCAAUAGAAUCCCACUCCAAUGCGUUCUGCCUACAACAAAAUCUCUUGCAUAGUUCAAUUGUCUUGGUAUGUUGCAUUGAAAGUGGCUAAUAUUGCGCUGAUUCGAUCACAAUUGCCACAGUAAAGGGAAACGCCGAUUAGUGGUAACAGGGAAAAAUAGAAGUGGUCACCAACCUUUUCUGAGUCAAGAUCACUGAGUCAAAAUGCAAGCUGAGAUCUACCACUCAGAUUUUUUUUAACAUGAUUAAAAACGUAAGCCUAUGCAACAUUAACUGAUUAAUAACAGUACUGUUGCAAUGAAGUUUGUGCAGUAACCUAUAGGCACAAUAAAUUACCACCGCAUAUUGGCUUUGCUUGAAUUGCCCUGCCAAUGCAUAGUUGUUCGGGGUUUUGAAAAAAUUAUAUUACAACAUUUGAGGUAGGCUAUAUGAUCACACCAGUAAUAGAUCUGAUGUUGUAUUACUUGUGAAGCAUAGCUGAGUCAGCAUACAUUUAAAUAAUUAGCUUUUUAUUUUAUUGGGCUGAUUGUGCCUGUAUCUCAGCAGAGGGUGAGAGCAGCAGACUGAGGGUCCACCUCUCAACAUCCCUCCGCUCUCCCUUACCAAAAUGGAACACCGUCUUCCAUAUGAUGGUGAAACUCGAGUCGCACAAAUUCAUGCAACUCCUCCUAUUGAACAGAGAAAGUUAAAUAUUCCUCCAUAUUAAAAAAGACCCAAGUCGCUAAUAAUAACAAUGCAAGCAUAAAAUAUACACUUUACUACUUUCAUUACUGCUGCAGUGCUUGUUGUAGUGCUGAGUGGAAAUAGGAAGAAUGUGCAUUUUAUGGUUUUUAGCGUGAUCGACCGGUUGGUGACCACUGCUCUAGAAAGUUGAGUGAAGUUCAAUCUCGUGCUUUCUCUCUGUGGCAGUUCUAACUUGUAUGGCUCCCUGGGCAAAGCCCCCCUUCAGCACCCCCCACCCCCGCAAAAAAAAAAUAACUUUUAUUCAGACAUUUGGAGCACAAAUAAAUAAUCAUAACAUUUAAAACGAUACAAAUAUAUACAUAAAGACUCCUAUCAAAAUGAAGUAUCAAAGACAAAUAGAAACAAAUUGUAGUAUAUAAAUACAAAUAAAAAAGCAAAUCGAAUUAUUACACUAUUACCCUAUUGCUAACAAAAAACACACAAAUAAAACUAAAUUGCACAAAUCCUAUAUCACACAAAAACACAAAUAGAAUAACACACUUAUAAAAAGAACCUGAUUAUUACACUAUUGCCCUUCAAACAAGAAACACAAACUAAAUUGCACAACUAAUUGGAUUACUAAUUGCAUUUGUACUGUACAAAGUUAGAGGUGCGCUAUUUAAUAGAUUCCCCCGCCCCCCACCUCGGGCUUCCAGUGGGGAGACCUAAUGUCAACCUAUCACCACCCCCCCUCCCCAUCUCGUACUUCUGAGUGGGAGACCUUGCCAGGCAGUAGCCUGCCUAGCUCACAAACUAGAAUCAGGGCGCCAACUCCGACAAGGUUAAUUGAUCCACAGUCCCACACGGUGACAUGAUAUCAUUGAUGUGACGUGCAAAUGAGCAAUAGAAAACCGAUCGAGCAAAUUAUUUGUGCGGGCGCCCCGUGCCGCCCCCGGCAAGAUGCCACCCUGGGCGGCUGCCCAUGUCGCCUAUACCUAAAUCCGCCACUGCUCUAUGGGCUAAUAUUUCUCUGCGGCAGUCCCGGGGGUGCGUGCACAGCUUAGAGGGAACAUUGGUCACCAUGUGAAGCGUUGGCCAAGCAUUCAGAAGCACGCCUCGGGCUACGCUCCCUAAAGGUUGGGGAAGGCACACAGGUCACAUGACUUUCUGUGACAUCUUGUGGUCAGGACAUCAACUGUUGGACAGCUUAGAGAGAGACCCUGCAUCGUUCCAUAAUUUUUACAUUUCCUCUACCAUAAACUUCAUUCAUAUGUCAUGGGGAAGGCGGUCAUCUUGAGUUGACAGCUGAGAACAUAACCUCUUUUGCUUGGGUAGAGGAGAAAGCUAGAGAAAUAUCCAGUGGUUUAUAUAUUUUUUAUAGACUAAUGUUCUGUGUAACAAAUGGGUGCGGCCAAACCGGUUUCACCAAUGUUGCACCUCGUUAGGUAACUGCCUAAACCAAUAUCCCCCAGCAACUGUAAUCGUGUUUUCAUGUGAAUUGAAAUGACCUUUAACCUUAAGCCUGUUGAUUUUUUAAAACCUU